AUGGACGAGAAGCCUACCAUACAUCGGCUUUCCCAAGCCAGCGAUUCUCCAGAUAGCACGUCCAUUCACAGGGAUCGCAAAGCCUCCAUCACGUCUUUCGGCCAUGGGAAAUCGAAGGCUGAAGAGAAAGAGCGCAUCGAUGCAUUGGCUACAAGUCCUGGUGUGACGAUGGCAUCUUUCGCCCACCUUGACGAGAAGAAGAUACUGCGAAAGAUGGACUUGCGCCUCAUACCAAUGUUAGCCCUAUUGUACCUACUAUCCUUUUUGGAUCGAGGAAACAUCGGUAAUGCGAAGAUUGAAGGGUUGACUGAAGAUCUCAACAUCACUGGUGCGCAAUACAACUGGUGUCUAACAGUGUUCUUCUUUACGUACGCCUUCUUCGAAGUGCCAUCGAACCUCCUGCUCAAGAAACUUCGGCCAUCGAUUUGGCUACCAACCAUCAUGGUAGCAUGGGGUAUCGUUAUGACACUCAUGGGGAUAGUUCAAAGCUACGAGGGAUUACUUAUUGCACGAAUCUUCUUGGGCGUAACUGAAGCUGGUCUAUUCCCCGGAGUAGCCUACUAUAUAACAAUGUGGUACGCCCGCCACGAAGCGCAGUUCCGCCAAGCCCUCUUCUUCUCUGCCGCCUCCGUCGCAGGUGCCUUCUCCGGUCUUCUGGCAUUCGGCAUUGCACACAUGGACGGUGUAGGAAAUCUUGCUGGUUGGCGUUGGAUCUUCAUCCUAGAAGGAAUCCUCACUGUCAUCGUGGCAGUUGUUGCAUACUUCACCCUCUUCGAUUUCCCGGAAACCGCCUCCUUCCUCACGGAAGAAGAACGCGCUUUUGUUGUUUACCGCCUGAAAUACCAGAAUUUCAAGGAAGAGGUAGACGACGGCGUUAGAGUAGCACAGGAUGAUAGUUUUCAGUGGAAAUUUGUCAAAAGCGCCUUUCUGGAUUGGCAAAUUUGGUUGAAUGUUCUGGUGUACUGGGGAAUCGUAUGUCCGCUAUACGGCAUAUCGCUCUUCCUGCCCUCGAUCAUUCGCGCACUCGGAUAUAGCUCCUCGACAGCUCAACUCUUGACCGUACCCAUCUACAUCACCGCGUCCGUCCUUGCUGUUGUUGUUGCAUAUUACAGCGACAAAGUUGGCAAGCGGUAUCCGUUUAUCUUGGUAUGCCUCUGCAUUAUGGCCAUCGGUUUUAUCAUGUGCAUCGCAGGCGGCAGCGUACCAGGACUCGUAUAUGCGGGUGUCUUCAUUGCUGCCUGUGCUCUUUAUCCGGCAUUUCCAGGUAAUAUCACAUGGCUCAGCAAUAACUUGGCUGGAAGUACGAAGAGAGCUACAGGACAAGCUAUCCAGAUCGCCGUAGGUAAUUUGGCAGGCGCCAUGGCUUCCAACUUCUAUCGUGCAGAGGAUGCACCGCGAUACCUUCUCGGCCACGCUCUUGAGCUCGGAUUUAUCGUGGCAGGUAUUCUAGCAUUGCUGUUCAUAGUGUUCAACUACAAGCGCAUCAAUGCGAAGAGGGAACGACAGGUAGCCGAAGGUGCGCAUAACGGGUAUACUCCGGAGGAGCUGGGCGCGCUCGGUGAUCGGGCGAUUACGUUCAAGUAUUUCCUCUAG